AGCCUAAAUUACAGGUAAAAGGCAAACACUCCCAGAAAAGCACUGCAGAGCAUGUCAGUGUAUAAAUAAGGCUGUGUGAAGUAAUGCGUGCCAGGGCGGCGGAAAAAAAAAAAAAAAAAAAAAGCAUAGAAAAAAGUGGAGUCAUGAAAUAUUGAUGCUUUCAGAGUUGUGCAGGUGCCUUUGGGUAAACGCAGGCGCGCGCUGAACACGCCGCAUGUGAUUUCCAGCUUCAGUCAUGUUGGCAGCACGAUGCGCGGCGGAGACGGGAGCGGGGCUGUGAAACCGGACCCUCUGCCAGGGAUGUCGACGAGCCGGAGUCCCUGAAACCUCCGCCAACCCGGGAUACAGCCUUUAUACGGACUGAUACGUGUUUUCCUGCGCGAGUGCGGGCUGCUUUUUCCUUCGGUUUUUUUUAAUUGUUUUCUUUUUUUUUUUUUUUCCUUCUCCUCCUCCAGCACGCAGUAUAUAGUGGACCUGGAUGCCGUGUGGGCGAUGCAGUCACAAGGGAUAUAUUGUGAUUUGGCGGAGAUGUGUUCGCCACCAUUGCAUUGAUUAAAAACAAGCAAAGGAGGUAACGAGGGAUCUAAUAAGAGAUCGCCACCUGUUACCAGAAAAUCAGAUUUCACCUCUGUGGAAGAGCAGAAUGUUAUCUUAGCCCCAUCCUCUCUGAUACUGCAGCGCAGCCACAGUUCAGGGACCUUUAGAAGAGAAUCCAUCCUCCAAACAAUAACCUCAAUCUGCUCUCCAGCAUUGGCUCUACUGGGAAUAACGCUGCUUACACAUACACACAGCCAGCCAGCCAGCCAGCCAGGAGAAGUGACAGUGUUGCUCUCCCGCCGCCCAAAUCUGACAGCCAUGAUCCUGAGAGGCCCCCUGCUACGACUUAGAUCAGGGAUCAGCUCGCUGCUCGAUGGCUAGACCUCAACACUCAAAGAGCUGGAGGCCUUUCUGAUGAGAAUCUCUCACUGCAUUGUAGCACAUGGAUUUCAAGACUUCAAAUGAAGAGACAAAGACUGGGAUUUAUUUGAUGCAAGAAGGUAAUGAGGAGCCAUUUAAUAUUCGACUACACUUGGCCAAAGAUAUUCUGACCAUUCAAGAACAAGAUGUCAUCUGCAUUUCAGGAGAACCUUUUUAUUCAAGCGAGAGGACUGUAACAAUCAGACGGCAGACGAUUGGAGGGUUUGGUCUCAGCAUCAAGGGUGGAGCAGAGCACAAAAUCCCUGUUGUGAUAUCAAAAAUAUCAAAAGAACAAAAAGCUGAACUCUCUGGGCUGCUUUUCAUCGGAGACGGCAUCCUUCAGAUAAAUGGAAUAAAUGUCAGAAGCUAUCGCCACGAGGAAGUGGUGCAGGUUUUGAGAAACGCAGGUGAAGAGGUAACCCUAACGGUGUCGUUCCUGAAGAAGACUCCAGCCUUUUUGAAACUGCCGCUGUGUGAGGACUGCACAUGUAAGAACCCUCCACCAAACGCUGAAGCACUGGAAAGCAUUCCCAGCGACCAGAGUAGUGGGACAUCAUCUCCUUUGUGUGACAGCGGUCUGCACUUAAACUACCACCCCAACAACACGGACACGUUGUCCUGCUCGUCCUGGCCCACUUCUCCGGGGCUUCGGUGGGAGAAGAGAUGGGUGGACCUGCGCCUUAUUCCUCUGUUACACUCACGCUUGUCGCAGUACAUCCCCGGCUCUGACGUUAGCAGGAAAAAUGCUUUCCAAGUCAUAGCUGUGGACGGAGUUUGUAGCGGAGUCGUACAGUUUCCCACUGCUGAAGACUGCUUGGACUGGCUUCAAGCAAUAGCAAGCAACAUUUCCAGUCUCACCAAGCACAAUGUGAAGAAGAUUAACAGGAAUUUUCCAGUAAACCAGCAGAUUAUCUACAUGGGCUGGGUCGACGAGAAGGAGCAGGACUCUGUUCAGGACAGGAUGUACUCACCAAAGUUCCUCGCUCUGAGGGGUUCCUCGCUCUUCAAGUUCACAGCUCCUCCCGUGACGACGUGGGACUGGACCAGAGCAGAGAAAAGCUUUACCGUGUAUGAAAUAAUGUGCAAAAUUUUAAAGGACAGUGACCUUUUGGACAAAAGGAGACACUGCUUCAGUGUUCAGACAGAGAGUGGGGAGGACAUGUUCUUCAGCGUAGAGCUGGAGUGUGAACUGCUGAUAUGGGAAAAGGCUUUUCAGAUGGCCACGUUUCUGGAGGUGGAGCGGAUACAGUGUAAAACAUAUGCUUGCAUAAUGGAGAGCCACCUCAUGGGACUUACAGUUGACUUCAGCAUGGGAUUUGUGUGCUUCGAUGCUGCUUCAAAGGCAGUACUGUGGAGAUACAAGUUCUCCCAGCUAAAAGGAUCAUCUGACGACGGAAAGAGCAAGAUCAAAUUUUUAUUCCAAAAUGCAGAAUCCAAGUCUAUUGAAGCAAAGGAGCUGGAGUUCUCAAACCUCUUUGCUGUUCUUCACUGUAUUCACGCUUUCUUUGCUGCCAAAGUUGCUUGUCUGGACCCAGUGUUUGUGGAGAGCCAGGGCAGCGCUACGACUGCUGGGAUUCCUUCUCUGUCCAGCCUCUCUUGCAACUCACAGACUCCAAAACUGAAAUACACCACUUGACAGGUGCUGCUGUCUCCGGACCUCUUUUAAAAGACCAGAAUCGCCUCAGACAACGAACAGCUGAACGUGGAUCAAGGCUAUAAGUGUGUUGCGGGUAGCUGGACGCUUUAGUAGAAUAAAAGACCUCCUUGUGAGUAUUACACUUGAUAUCUCUGAAGACUUCAGGAAUUACUUUGGACCUGACUUUGAACCUCUUCUUUGAAAACCUUCUGAGAGCGACUCGAUGGACAUGAAAUGGGUUUUUGUCUUUCUUUCAAGCCUCAGACAACCACAUGAUUAUCACAUCAAACAGAAAUUGCUGGUAAUUUCCCUCAGUAGCUUGUCUUUUUUCUGUGAAACUUCACUGAGAAUCUUGGGCUAGAUGCAUAAAGAUGCGCACACUCAUGGCUGUGUGGGUUUGUACUCAUAAAAGCAUAUGAAUUACUUUCUCUAGACUACCAAAUCCUUCAUUUUAAUGGAAACUAAGUACGAAUUUACUAAAGAUUAUUAAUUAACAUGGGAUUUUCUUAAUAUCACAAACUGACUUCUUUUUUUUUUUCAUCUGGGGAUAAUAAGGUGGGAUUUUCUCUUGGGAUAACAGCCUUAUCUUAGUUUGCAAGCUAAUUUGGAUGUGAUUUUUUUUCCCAAGGUCACAAGUUCGUUUGUCUUAAGAAAACCAAGCCAUUUUUAUUUCUUUGUCCCUCAAGAACAACAUGCAUUUCCUUGAAAUAAUGGAUUUACUUGCUUUUAUUAUAAAUUUUAAUGUGAUUUUCUUGAGAUUACAUGCUGGAUAUUAUUUUAUCUUUAGCUAACUAACUAAUUGAUUAUGGUGCAGAUGGUUAUUUUAGUACUCCUAGUUUCAUUGUUCACUGUCACUGUCAUGACACUUCAGUUUGGUACCACAGUAGUCAGAUGUUCCUUAACGGGGCAUUUUCACAUUUAGAAAUCUGUCCGCAUUAUGUUCUUCCUUUGCUUUUGUUUCAUGAUUGCAAAAUUAUUUAAAGUUAUCUCAACAAAGUAAAUCUUUUUAUGUCAAAACAACUAAAUGUAUUGAACACAAUACCACUGUUAAAUUCAUAUGAUGACAUAAAAAGUCUUAUUUUCAAGUAUUGAGGCAAACAACACAUUAUCACUAGAUGAUCUUUUCUGAGCAGGACGUCUCUGCUUUAUUGCAAAAAUCUCAAUAAUUAUGAAAAUAUGUACAAGAACUCCUUUUUUGUACUAUGAUUAUAUACCCUGAUAGGAAGCCUUCUAUUUGGGUGGGAUAUAUAUAUUCAGUAUAGUAUAGUAUUCAGAUAGUUAGUUCUCAUUUCUGUUCUAGUAAAAACCUUUUACAAUCAUGAUAAAUUAUCUCCACAUUUUUUUUCAUUUUUGCUUUAUCCUACUGGAAUGAAAUCACUCUCUAAAUAAGUGGUCUGAAUAAUCCGGCUCAAUAUUCUAAUAGCAUAAGUAGGUGAAAGCAUAUGUAUGAUUUUUUGUGAGUGUGUGUGUGUGUGCGUGUGUGUGUGUGCGCGUGCGUGUGCGUACGGAUGUGUGUGUGUGUACACAUGAUUUAUGCAUCUAGCCUCUGGAGUUAAAAAUAUGAAAAAGCACUUUUUUCUAAAACAUGUAAACCUGUUCAAAGACAAAAAAAAUAAAAAAUAAAUAGCCUCGACUGGAUUAUAGGAAGAGUUUACACUCAUUUUAAGUGUUUUUGUGUUUUUAAACGGACAAUUUAAUUCAAGACUCAUUUAAAGUCAGAUUUAUUUACCUCAGAUUAGAGUCCACCUAUAACUAAAAAGCAACAUUGCUGGUGAGAGAAAUGUAUGUUUUAGGUUGUUUCUUGUGUUGUCCUUGCCUGACACUCAGCAUUGUGAAGUACAAACACAUCUACCGAUCUGCGUAUCGGUGUAUAAACGUGUGAGCGUUUGUGAGUGCAAGUGGGUGAAUGUGACUCUAGUUUGAGUGGUCAAAAUGAUUGGAAAAGCACUAUAUAAGUUUAGUCCAUUUACCAUUUUACCAUUUACAUCUGUUUUUGGGUCACAGGUUGGCUGAAAGUCUAUUGCUGCUUAUUUUGUUGGUGGAUAAAGAAGAUGACUAUGAACAUCAGGUUCAUCAUUAAACAGCCUCAAUUGGACAAACAAAAGAAAAAAAAAACAAUUUUUGUUUAUAAUAUCUCUUCUCAAAACAAUUAUGUAAAUAAACACUGACAUUUGAAUAAACUCAGAUAACCAUAAAGCAUAACUUGAAGGACUGUCACUACUACUUGGCAUUGAGGUAUUCGAUAUUUGACGCGUGCCAGAGGUUAAAAGCUCAUACACUGAUGCUCUCUUUGUCAUUUACUCUUUGAACCAGUUACAAGUAUAAAAUCAGCCAUGGUGUAUUUUUUAUCGCUGCUUGAGAUUACCCUGUAAAUAUUACAUUAAUGAGAAAUGGUCAGGAGGAAAACAGAAAUAUCCAAUAUCCUAGCUUAAAAUGCUUUCAGUUACUCCCUUUAACCUGUCUCUGUUUCAAACUGUUUGUAAAUGCUGCAGAGUGGCAGCUAAACUAUCAUAAUCACAAAGAGUUCAGGUCAAUUAAAGUAAUUAUUCUCACUCUUACCUCCUAUUUACAGAGGAGGAGACCCCUGGGUAAGAGAAACUCUGGAGGAUAGCAAAUUAAAAGGGGUCAAAGCAUUUUCGUGCUGUGCAGCCUUGUUAAGGCGUCUGAUGGAAAGCGGCGGUGGUGCAGUCUAUGCAAAGAAAGUCUGUGUGAUGAUUUUGUGCUUUAAAAACAAUCUUGAUAAGAAAUAACCGUGCCACACAGGAACCUAGAGGGUAAGGUUGACUUUAUUUUAUUAUUAUUUUUUUUUUGCAGAUGUUUUAAUAACAGAUAUGCAGUGAAAUAAAUCAAUAAAUGAGAACUUUUGUAUCACGGCUCAGUCAUGAGUGAAUUUACUUUGCUCAAAUACAAUCCCAUGGCAAAAUACUUAUAUUGUUUGAACUUUUUCCAAACUUUUGGUGAACUUUUUCCACACUUUUUCACAUAACCACAAAUUUUAAUGUGCUUUGUUGGAAUUUAAGUGCGUAAGUGUGAAGUGAAAAUAUCCCUUUACGCUAUGAUGCCAUGAAUAUAGUGCAUUCAGUUAUCUUCAGGAGUAGAAAGGAUGAACUUUUUUGGACUGCAUGUCAAAUGCUACCUAUGGUGAAAACCGACACUACACAUCAGCCUGAGCAAACCAUUCCUACAAUGUAACAUGGUAGUGGCUGCAUCAUGCUGUGGUGGUGAUUCUUUUCUUCAGCAGGGUGAGGAAAGCUGGUCAUGAAGGAGACAUGAAGGUCAUGAAGACUGAAGGAGCUAAAUACAGGAUAAUAUGUGAAGGAAACCUGAGAGACGCUGCAGAAGACUUGAUGUUCACCUUCCUGCAAGACAUCAAGCCUAAACAAAACACCCAGAGCUACAGUGGGUCAAAGUCAAAGUCCAGACUUAAAUUCAUCUAAGAAUCUAUGUCAAAACCAGUUGGCAUUGGCAGAUGCUGAACAUAAAGUCUGAUUGAACUCAAACUAUUUUGCAUAAAACAGUGGAGAUGAAAAUUGCAGCUAAAAUUGAUACACAAAAUAUUUACAUGAAGAUAUCAAAAACAAAUAUAUGGUAAAACUUUCCAAAUUAUAUUGUAAAACAUAUAUUAACCACCAUUACCUUCUUCUAGUUAUGCAUUACUUUCUGUUGGUCUGUCACAAAAAAUAUCAGCAAAAAAAACAAACAAACAAAAAAAAACGUAAAUGCAUUGAAGUGUGUGGUUGUAAUGUGGCAAAGUGAAAAAAAAAGUUUAAGCAGUACAUACUUUUGCCAAGUACUGUAAAACCACUUUUCAGCUUCUAUUAAGAUAUUGUGUCAAAUUAAAUAUGCACACUUCCAUUAUGGCAUCCUUUAAAAAAAAAAAAAAAACAUUCAUCCUUUAAAACAAACUCCCACGGUCUCUCCGAGCUUUUUCUGAGAAACAUUCUCGAGGACCUUGUCAGGGUUUCUCCGAGCCUGACCUCAACACAUAAAAAUUUUAAAAGCAUCUAAUGAAAGAUGCUGUUUGUCACUGACAUCCAGGAAAUCUCUGCUUCCAUUUUCUUCAUCUGCUUUUUGUCAGUCACCCCAGCGCACUUCUCCCAUACACUUAAUAUUCAGCAAAUCCCCAGUCUGAGGCAGCAGCUUUUUACGUUUGAGCACAUAAAAAGCACUAUUUUGACAACUCUUUGUCUGAUCUGCUUCACUUUUUUGGCAGGUGCAUUUCUCAACACUUUAAAGGAUCAGUGUCGAGUUUGAGGCUCUUUGGAUGAGCGGUCCUCUUAUUUGCAAGCCUUUCACAAAAGUAUCCCCACCAGGCAAUAUACGCAAGCACUGGGAAACGCUUUUGUAUGUACUCUGCGAGCAAUCAGGAUCCAGAAACAAAAUUCAACGGGAUCUUCUUUUGAUUCUAAUGCGCCUCGCUAACAAGUCUAAAGAAAUUCAGCUCCCAUGGAACAUAACAUUAAGAGCGCAUUACAAUGACUGGAAGACAAGCAAAGUGAUUGUGACCUUUAUUUUUGUGCCACACAGUUACAAUGAAACAACACAUUUUCAAAAUGAACUGCACACACUGAGAACAAUCAACCCAUCGCCCCAACAAAGAGAAGCUGGACUGAUUUGGCUUAAAAAAGAAAAAAAAAAAAAA